AUGUUAAUGCCAUCUAAAGGCACAUCCGAGUGGUACGAGCGUAUAUCAAAACGGGUUAAAUCCAAAUCUAAGAAUGAAGGGGAUAUUAUGAGAAGCCUAAUUGAACUGACCACCCUUCUGAACGCUGACAUUCAUCAAGCUGUACACUUCUACCAGAAACUCUACGAAAAUAUUGUUGGCGUGGAAUACGUACCUCUUGCUUAUCUGCACUUGGAAAAAUUGCUGGCAGGUGACGUCAUCACUGCUCUCAAAGAUGAGGAAUUUUGCAAAUUUAAAAGAUUUAUACCAGAAAUGGAGCAGGAGUCGCUGGGCAUUACAAGAUACUAUGAAUGGUUCCGUUUCGCUGUACAGAAAUGGUUACUCACUGCCCAAGUAAAGGCCACUGCCAGAGUGACCAAGGCUGUUGAAGUUGAUAUGGUGUAUAGUAACAUCUCGAAUGCUAAAUACAGUUCCUCAGCCGUUGAUGUCUGCAGCCUUUUUCAUCACAUGGUCGAUUUUUGGACAAACUUAGAAUGGCCAGAAGCAUGUGAUGCAUAUUCUUUCACUGCCAACUUAACUCAGAACAUUUGUGACAAUGCCGUGAUGUAUUCCGAACUCAUCCAUGAUAAACUAUAUGCGACUGGCUUCUAUGACGAGGACAGACAGUUUGAUCUUUCUGAUCAGCUGUGCAUCACGAUCAAUAACAUAGAGCAUGUUCGAGUUACACUGAAGCCACUUGCGGAGACAAUGCGUUUCUCCAUACUAGAAGAAGAUUUGGAGAGAGUUGACCCGCAUAAAAGAGCUAGCCUGGAAAAAGUGAAUCUGUUUUCCCUUACAAACAAGGCAGAUAUCAUCAUGACAAAUAAAAUUAAAAAAGUAUUGGACCACGUUGCAGAUCGAAUGCGACCAGAUAUCAAGAAAGAUGUCUUUCACAUGAACUGGGCGCCAGAUGUGGUACCAGCGGAUGAGGCAAUCGUGGAUUUGAUGGAAUAUCUGGAUAAGAAUUUGGUAACACUCAAUCAAAAUUUAGUAAGCGCCAACUUCAACCGAAUUUUGGAUUCAAUCUGGGUAGAAGUCCUCAAAGAAUUCCAAGACGUUAUGAUCACCGAAGACAUGGUAAGUGAACGCUUGUCUUAUUCAAACGAAUAA